CUACCUGCGGCUUUUUAGGUCCCUCAGGUUGGCAGCGCCCGGGGCCUUCCCCUUGAUGAUGCCGUCAGCUUCAGGGGGCGGCAACAAUGGAGGCGACCAAACGCGCACCCUCGCCGUCGGCAGGUCGGCAGUGUCAUGCCGCCAGUCAAGUCACUCUGCGGGGAUGGAGAUGGCCGCGACCACACCGCUCCCCGGGCUGCGGAACGUAAGGCUGGUGCAGCUGCAGCUGGGGGCGGCCCGGCCCGACGGCGGACGCACCGCGCACCUGCACCUGCAGUCGCCAAUGAAGUUGCCCGGACACGUCGAGCCGGAGGCCCUGCAGAUGUUCCUGGAUGAGAACAAGGACGUCUUCAACGCAGAAAAGACGGCGUACGUGACGGGUCGGGACGGCGCGGACGACGCCGCCGGCGAGUACGCGCACCUGUUCACCAGCUGCGACGUGGUCGUGCACCUGCACAUGGACGGCGGCGACUUGUUGGAGGGCGUGCUGCUGUUCAACGAGACGCGCGCCUGCGCCAACCCCCUGGAGCACGCCGUCGGCGCUGCCGCCCGCCCCGGCGCCAGGCUGUCUCGCUGGCUGCGCCGCCGGUGCCGCAGGCUGCGGAGGCUGUUCGCAGGGCCCGGGCAGCUGCAGCAGCCGGCACCUGCAGCCCCAGCACCUGCAGCCCCAGCACCUGCAGCCCCCGCACCUGCAGCCCCCGCACCUGCAGCCCCAGCACCUGCAUGACCUACGCCCUUCUGAACUUAUCUGUCGAUCCCUGUGUUGUUUUUAUUAUUUGCCCAAUCCCUUGAGAGGUAA